UUCGCUUGGUUAGAUGAAUUGGAAUUACUGAAGCCGAUCUUCCACUUCCUUGCCCAAAAGUCAUUUGCGACUCAGAUGACAAAUUCAAAAAUAGCCAAGAAGACUGUCGAAAAUGGAACGAAAAAUCAUAAGGAGAAUUCCAGCGAAUCAGUUAACAAAUCAGCUGGAAGAAAUGAUCGCCACCUCGUUCCUGAAAGACAUCGAGCUAUUGUAAAUAUGCGAUAUGCGACCGAUAUCCAACCACUUUGUUCAUUCCUGGGAUCCAUUCGUUACCCCAGCAGUCGCGAAAAUUCCUCUUAUGAAGUUCGUGGACCAAUAAAUCGCUUCCUUCUAAAAGACGCUGUUGGGCACUGGUCCGAUAACUGUCAUCGAGUGUUUGAGAAACUGAAAUUAAUGUUGAAAUGA